AUCAAGUCAUCGAUAAACCCUAGAGUCUCUCUCGUCUUCUCUUUUCUGUUUCUCUCUCUCCAAAAUUCAGACCGGCGAUUUUGGAGGUGGUUCUCUGAUUGAACUGUUGAGGGCUUUAGAUACGACGAUCAAGGAAAUUGAAUGGCCGGUGAAUCAGAUGCAUCGACCAUUGCGACUCUUUCCUGUGCUCGCUGCCAGAAGCCUGCCCAUCUUCAGUGUCCUAAAUGCGUAGACUUGAAGCUUCCUCGUGAAGAAGCCUCUUUCUGCACUCAAGAAUGUUUCAAGGCAGCUUGGAGCUCGCACAAGUCAGUACAUUUGAAAGCUCAGCUGUCUUCACUUGCCAAAUCCCUUCCCGGUGAUCAGAACUCUGAUCUUAUUUCUCAAGGUUGGCUCUAUUGCGUGAAGAAAGGCCAAGCUAGAACACCUAAGCUUCCUCACUUUGAUUGGACUGGGCCCCUAAAGCAAUAUCCUAUAUCUACCAAGCGUGUUGUGCCUGCUGGGAUUGAUAAGCCUGACUGGGCAAUUGAUGGGACUCCUAAAAUUGAGCCGAAUAGUGAUCUACAACAUGUUGUUGAGAUAAAAACGCCCGAACAAAUCCAGAGAUUGCGUGAAACCUGUAAAAUUGCCAGAGAGGUCUUGGAUGCAGCCGCUAGGGUGAUUCGCCCCGGUGUGACUACUGAUGAGAUUGAUCGAGUAGUUCAUGAAGCAACUAUUGCAGCAGGAGGAUAUCCAUCGCCCCUCAACUACUAUUUCUUUCCCAAAUCUUGCUGCACAUCUGUUAAUGAAGUAAUUUGUCAUGGAAUUCCUGAUGCGAGGAAACUUGAAGAUGGUGAUAUAGUAAAUGUUGAUGUAACAGUCUACUAUAAAGGUUGCCAUGGUGACCUUAAUGACACAUACUUUGUUGGAAACGUUGACGAAGCAUCACGUCAACUGGUUAAAUGCACAUAUGAGUGCCUGGAGAAAGCCAUAGCAAUUGUUAAACCCGGAGUAAGAUUUCGUGAAAUCGGAGAGAUAGUCAACCGCCAUGCUACAAUGUCUGGGUUUUCAGUGGUGAGAUCCUAUUGUGGUCAUGGUAUUGGAGAUCUCUUCCAUUGUGCCCCAAACAUUCCUCACUAUGCAAGAAACAAAGCAGUUGGAGUGAUGAAAGCAGGUCAGACUUUCACAAUUGAGCCAAUGAUCAACGCAGGGGGAUGGCGGGAUCGAACAUGGCCUGAUGGAUGGACUGCAGUUACUGCAGAUGGAAAACGCAGCGCUCAGUUUGAGCAUACCCUCUUGGUAACGGAGACAGGUGUUGAGGUUUUAACGGCGAGGCUUCCUUCAUCGCCGGAUGUAUACCCUUGGCUUACCUAGUGAUUUAAGGGGCAUGGUUCCUAUUUCUUUUUCUGAUUCAUUGGGUUUGAUUCGUAAACUUUGGAAUAUUAGUGUCAUCUUUUUGCCAUUCAAGACCAUUUGAUCUCUGUUACCUUGUUGUCGUUUAUGUAAUUUUAUUAUUACUUUCAUUUUGAUUAAAAUGUAAGAAACCUGUUUUUAUCUCAACCUGUUACCGUUUUCAUU